AGAAGAACAGUCAGGCAGAGGAGAGGCGUCUCCUCACUGCCUUACCAUGCAGAAAAUGUCGAACUUUUAUCAAUGGGUUAUGGUACUCAAAACUUUCCAAGUACUUCUGAUGCUCUUUGGAAGCAUUGAGGCUCAGACACAAACAGGGCUUUUUCCCGCAGUUCUCAAUAUUGCCUCCAAUGCUGUCAUCACAACUAAUGCCACAUGUGGGGAGAAAGAACCUGAGAUGUUUUGCAAGCUGGUAGAACAUGUUCCAGGACUUCCUGUGAGGAACCCCCAGUGCCGCAUCUGUGACCAAAAAAGUAGUAAUCCAAACCAUCACCAUCCAAUUACGCAUGCUAUCAAUGGAAAAAACUCUUGGUGGCAGAGUCCAAGCAUCAAAAAUGGAAUGCAGUACCACCACGUGACCAUUACAGUAGACCUUCAGCAGGUGUUUCAGAUCGCUUACAUUAUCAUUAAGGCUGCUAAUUCCCCACGCCCUGGAAACUGGAUUCUGGAGAGGUCCCUGGACGGUGUGUCUUUCAUGCCAUGGCAAUACUACGCCAUCACUGACAGUGAAUGCCUAAACAGAUAUAAUAUCUUCCCUCAUGUCGGUGGGGGUCAGCCUUCCUUUACGAGGGAUGACGAGGUCAUAUGCACAUCUUAUUAUUCAAAUAUUCACCCACUUGAAAACGGAGAGAUUCACACUUCACUUAUUACUGGGAGACCAAGUGCUGAGGAUCCUUCUGAGACUCUUCUUAAUUUUACACUAGCUCGCUACAUUAGACUAAGAUUACAAAGAAUUCGUACUCUUAAUGCUGAUUUAAUGAUGCUAACUGAGAGUGAUCCAAAAGACCUUGAUCCUAUUGUUACAAGAAGGUAUUUCUAUUCAAUAAAAGACAUAUCUGUUGGUGGCAGGUGUGUUUGUUAUGGCCAUGCAAGUACUUGUCCUCUUAAUCCAGCAACAAAUAAAUCAUCCUGUGAAUGUGAGCAUAACACAUGUGGUAAUAGCUGUGAUCGAUGCUGUCCCUUGUUCAACCAAAAACCUUGGCAAGCAGGGACAGCACUCUCAAACAACGAGUGUGAACCUUGCAACUGUCACUGGAAAGCUGAAGAAUGUUAUUAUGAUCAGGAAAUAGCCGACAGGCAUCUGAGUUUGAAUAUUCAUGGAAAAUACAUUGGAGGUGGAGUGUGCCUUAAUUGUACAGAGAAUACAGCGGGAAUAAACUGUGAGACAUGUGCUGAUGGCUUCUAUCGACCAAAAGGGGUGUUACCGACUCAUUCCCACCCUUGCCGACCAUGUUACUGUGAUCCCAUUGGCUCGAUACAUAAUAUAUGUGUCAAGGAUGAAAAGCAAGUUACUAGAGGUAUGUUACCUGGAUUCUGCCACUGCAAACCUGGCUAUGGUGGGGAGAAGUGUGACCGAUGUGCUUUGGGCUACAUUGGUUAUCCAGAUUGUUUACCAUGCAACUGCAGUGCAUUAGGCAGUGCAAAUGAAGAUCCCUGUCUUGAUCCAUGUGUUUGCAAGGACAAUGUGGAAGGAAUAAGCUGUGACAGAUGCAAACAUGGAUUCUUCAACCUUCAGCAAGAGAAUCCCCAAGGGUGCGAUCAGUGUUUUUGCUCUGGAGUCUCAAACAUAUGCUUGGAUUCCAGAUUUACUUAUUCUAAGGUCUCUGACAUGAAUGGAUGGCAUCUGACAAGUUUAAUUGGCAACAUCAGAGUUUCGCCAACAAAGGAUUCGUUUGAUGGACCCCAGCAACUAAGCAUUAGAAAUGCAGAUGCCCAAAAUCAAGGCCUGCAAGGUGUUUAUUACUGGGAAGCACCUACAGCAUACUUAUACAGUAAAGUUACAGCAGUGGGAGGACAACUCACUUAUACAAUCUCAUACGACACAUCUGUAAAGGAAGAUGCUGUUUACCUGGGAUACUAUCCAAAUAUCAUUAUUGAGGGUAAUGGCUUGCGAAUUGCCAGUACUCAGGCAGAUAUUCACUUGCAACCAUUUGAGGAACAUACUGAAGCAAUACUGUUACACCCAGAAUCCUUCAUCAUCUAUGGAACAGAAUACCAAGUCAACAGAAAUGACUUUAUGAUUGUUCUGGCAAAUAUAAAGAGACUUCUCAUCCGAGCAACCUACAGCCUUCAGCCACAAGCCACUUUCAGGCUAAGUGCUGUCACUUUGGAGGUAGGAAGCCAAUCUUCAUCUUCUGGAAACAUCGCUUUUGCUGUAGAGAUCUGCCAUUGUCCACCUGGAUACAGUGGAACAUCUUGUGAAUCUUGUCUGCCAGGACACAGAAGGAUUAAUGGUACUGUAUUUGGUGGGAUAUGUGAGCCUUGCCGUUGUUUUGGCCAUGCUGAUACAUGCCAUGAUAUCACUGGAGAAUGCUUGAAUUGUAAGCACAAUACCUAUGGCAGAUUCUGUGAUUAUUGCCUUCCGGGUUUUUAUGGAAAUCCAACAGAUGGCACUGCUGAUGACUGCCAGCCCUGCGCAUGUCCAUUGACCUUAGAAUCAAAUAACUUUAGCCCUACAUGUCACCUGGACACAAAUCGUAGUUUGGUGUGUGAUUCCUGCCCUCCUGGAUAUGCAGGGCAGCGAUGUGAGAGGUGUGCAGAAGGGUAUUUUGGGCAGCCUUCGCUACCUGGUGGAUCUUGCAAACCUUGUGAAUGCAGUAACAACCUCGAUCUUUCAGCCCCUGGCUGUUGUAACACUGAGACAGGGGCCUGCCUUAUAUGUAAACCAGGAAUAACUGGGGAGUAUUGCAAUAAGUGUGCUGAUGGAUAUUUUGGAGACGCCCUUGGACCACUGAGCUGUCAAGCAUGCAACUGCAAUAUCAAUGGCUCCUUGUCCUCAAGUUGCAAUCUUCAAACUGGACAGUGUGAAUGCAAAAAUAACGUGACCGGACGUCAGUGUGAUGAGUGCUUGCCCAACUGUUGGUGGGAUUCUGAGGAGCAGAUAUGCUUGCCGUGUGGCUGCAGUCCCAGUGGCUCCAUGUCACUGCGAUGUGACAUAACUGGGAGGUGUAUCUGUAAACCAGAGUUCUUUGGGAAACGUUGUGAAUUCAGAAAACAAGUAUUUGAAAGGAAAAAGCCUACUCGAGUAUCGCAGGGCAUCCAAGCUCCAGCUAGACGAUGGAGACCCACCAGUUCUCAUGGUUGUCCGCGUGGUGCUUACAAACCGACAACUUUGCCACAAACCUAUGGUCUGCAGUAUUCGCAGGGCUGCAUCCCUUGCAACUGUAACUCUUUUGGCUCAAAAUCCUUCGAUUGUGAUGACAGUGGUCAAUGUACUUGCCAACCAGGAGUUGCCGGGAAGAAAUGUGAUCAUUGCGGUCGUGGAUUUUAUAACUUCCAAGAAGGAGGAUGUACCCCCUGUGAUUGCCCUCAUGUUGGAAAUAAUUGUGAUGCUGACACUGGUCAUUGUGUUUGUCCUACCAACACCAUUGGUGAACAAUGUGAUAAAUGUGCACCAAACCACUGGGGAUACAGCAUUAUCACCGGAUGCAAGGCCUGCAACUGUGGUGGUCCGGGAUCUCUGAGUCACCAAUGUAACCCAGAUACCGGUUGCUGUUUCUGUCGCCCAAACUUCUCCGGAGAUAAGUGUACCUCUUGCAGGCUGGGAUACAGGAAUUAUCCGCAUUGUAUAAACUGUGACUGUAAGCUGGCAGGAAGUAAACCCCAGAGCUGUGAUCGAGAAACUGAUAAGUGUUCUUGUGCUGAAGAAACUGGGCAAUGCAACUGUAAGUCGAACGUAGAAGGUGUCUAUUGUGAUAGAUGCAAACCUGGCACUUUUGGACUUCAUGUAGGGAAUCCACUUGGUUGCAGCAGCUGCUAUUGCUUUGGACUGACUACCCAGUGUACGGAAGCAGAUGGAUUGAUCCGUAUGUGGAUAACACUGAAACCAGAACAAACAAUGCUUGAAUUGACGGACUUCACACACCAACACAGGACUACAAAAGGUGUGAUCUUCCAGCAUCCAGAAAUUAUUGCAAUGAUUGAUCAAGUGAAACAGGACUUGCACUCCGAACCAUUUUAUUGGAAGCUCCCACAACAAUUUGAAGGCAGAAAGCUGACGACCUAUGGCGGCAAACUGAAAUAUGCCAUUUACUUUGAAGCACGCGAAGAGACUGGUCCUUCAACUUACGAACCUCAAGUAAUCAUCAGAGGUGGUCCACCAACAAAUCACAGGAUUAUAGUGAGACACAUGGCUGCCCCUCAGAACGGUCAACUGACAAGACAUGACAUUGAGAUGACUGAGCAUGACUGGAAGUAUCUUGGAUCGGUGGAAGGAAGCCCUGUAACUCGUGAGGACUUCAUGGAUGUUCUGUAUGACAUUCAUUACAUCCUAAUAAAAGCCUCCUAUGGAAAUGUAUUAAGACAAACCAGAAUUUCUGAAAUCUCUCUGGAAGUGGCCGAGCAAGGGACUUCUUUCACCAUAAGCUCUCAAGCCUAUUUAAUUGAGAAAUGUCAUUGUCCUCCAGGUUACUCUGGACUUUCAUGUGAGACGUGUUCCGCAGGAUUUUACCGAGUUGCUCCAACAUUCCCAGGAAGACGACCUGGUCCUGCACUUGGAACCUGUGUACCUUGUGAGUGCCAUGGCCAUAGUGACAUAUGCGACCCAGACACAUCUGUUUGCCAGUCAUGCAAACACAACACAGCAGGUGAUCACUGUGAAAGUUGUGCACCAGGAUUCUAUGGGACUGUCAGAGGUUCACCAGAUGAUUGCCAGCCAUGUGCCUGUCCUUUACCAAUUCCCAGUAACAAUUUUAGCCCUAUGUGCAUUAUGCAAGGAAUUAAUGAUUAUAGAUGUACAGCUUGUCCUGUGGGAUAUGAAGGCCAGUAUUGUGAAAGAUGUUCACCUGGUUAUACUGGUAAUCCAAAUGUUCCUGGAGGAUCUUGCCAGGAAUGUGAGUGUAACCCGUAUGGCUCUUUGUCUAUGAUCUGUCAUCCAGCCACUGGACAGUGCACGUGCAGAGUGGAAGCCUCAGGGCUCAAGUGUGCAGGCUGCACCCAUCGGCAUGUGCGGGAGGGCCCGCUGUGUGUAUUUUGCGAUGAUGAAUGCACAGGGCUCCUUCUUAAUGACUUGGAUCUGCUAAACCAGAUGGUCUUGAGCGUCAAUCUUUCUGGACCUUUGCCUCCCCCAUACAAAAUGCUGUUUAGUUUUGAAAAUGAAACACAGGAAUUAAAGCAUUUACUGUCACCUCAACGAGCUCCUGAACGACUGCUCCAGCUGGCACAAAAUAACAGAGAUACUCUUGUCAUUGAGAUGGAUGAGCUUCUGAACAGGGCUGCGAAAGUGACAGCAGAUGGGGAGCAGACUGGGAAGGAUGCCGAAAGGACACAUAACAGGGCAAAGCAACUGGAACUUUUCGUCAAGGCCAUUACUCAGGCAACAAAGGACAUAUAUGAUAAAGCAGUAAAGUUGAAUGAAACUCUAGGCAUCCAGAAUAAAACACAAGAUAAAAGUUUGCACGAGCUGCAAAAGGAUGUUGAAAAGAUGAUAAAAGAAAUGAGGAGGAGGGCAUUUGACAAACAGGAAGACCUAGCUGAAGAUGAACUCAUAGCUGCAACUGGUCUCCUAAACAAAGUAAAAAAACAUUUUCAGGAUCCUUCUAACAAAACCAAAGAAUUAUCUUUUGAUGUAAGAGACAAGUUAGGCCAGUUUCAAGACAAGCUGGAUGAUGUGUGGGAACUGCUUGGAGAAGCUCGAAGAAAAAUUAAAGAGGCGGACCAUCUAUCUGCUGUUAACCAACGCAACAUGACAGAUUUGGAGGAAAGGAAGCAACAUCUUGAAAAGGUUAAGAAAGAAACAGAGAAUAUUCUUAAAGAAGGUGAAGACAUCAUGACAGAAGUCAAUAACCUGGCUCAAAAUAUUAAUGAAGCUGAAAAUGAUUUGACUGACAUGGACAAGGAGCUAUUACCUCUAGCAGAAAAACUAAAUGAAAAAACAAAUAAUUUAACAGAUGAAAUAGAAAUAAGAGAUCUCCCAGAUCUAGUCUUGAGGGCAGAAAACCAUGCAGAACAGCUAAAGGAGUCUUCAGCAAUACUGGAUGGAAUCCUCGCUGAAGCUAAAAACCUCUCAUUGAACGCCACUGUGGCUUUUAAAGCUUACAGCAAUAUCAAAGAUUUAAUUGACAACGCUGAAGAUACAGCCAGAGAGGCAAAAGCCAGAGCCAAAGAAGCUGUAGAUCUGGUUACUGGCCCCCAAGGUGCGCUGAAGGAUGAAGCCAAGGGUUCAAUUCAAAAAAGUUUCCGUGUUCUAACUAAUGCAAAAUUGCAAGCUGGUGAUUUAGAAGAAAAUGAAAAUGAACUUGCUGCCAUGAAGAAAAGAUUGGAAAACGCAGAUCAGAAAAACCAAAAUAUGUUGGCUGCUGUAAAUGAGACAUUUGGAAAGCUUGCAUCCAUACCCACUGAUACGAUGGUAAAAAUACAAACUGCUAAAGACAAGGCCAAGCAAGCAAAUGAUACAGCCAAUGAUGUCCUGGAAAGAAUCAAGGACCUUAAUCUAAACCUACUGGGCUUGAAACAGAACUACAGUGCACUGAAAGAUGAUGUCGCUAAAACUAAUGCCAUUAUGAAAGAUCCAGUCGAAAAUGUUACAGAGGCAGAUGACAAGGUCAAACACCUUGAAAAGGAGGCAGAUCGAUUACUGGAUAAGCUGAAGCCUAUCAAGGAGCUCCAGGAAAACCUAGGAAAAAAUAUCUCUCAGAUCAAGGAACUGAUCAAUCAAGCUCGCAAACAAGCUAACUCAAUUAAAGUUUCUGUGUCUUCUGGAGGCGACUGCAUUCGUACAUAUAGACCCGACAUUAAGAAAGGGAGAUAUAAUACAAUUAUCUUAAAUGUAAAAACAACCACCCCGGACAAUUUACUGUUUUACCUUGGAAGCAAUAAAUUUACUGAUUUCCUAGCUAUAGAAAUGCGCAAAGGAAAAGUCAACUUUUUGUGGGAUGUUGGAUCAGGGGUUGGGCGUGUUGAAUAUCCAGACUUAAAUAUCAAUGACCAAUACUGGUACCGGAUUGAAGCUUCACGGUCAGGAAUUAAUGGUACUAUUUCAGUACAGGCUUUGGAUGGCCCAAGUGCCGGUGUGGUUCCCAGUGUAUACACUUCUGCAUCCCUUCCUGGUUACACCAUUCUAGAUGUAGAUGCCAAUGCCAUGCUGUUUGUUGGUGGUUUGACUGAUAAAGUGAAGAAAGCUGAUGCUGUUAAAACAACAACAUUCUCUGGUUGUAUGGGGGAAACAUUCUUGGAUGGUAAACCUAUUGGACUGUGGAAUUACAGGGACCGAGAAGGGAACUGCAAAGGAUGCUCCGUCAGCCCACAGCUUGCAGACAGUGAGGGUACUGUGCAGUUUGAUGGAGAAGGAUUUGCUACAGUCAAUCGCCCUGUUCGAUGGAACCCCAAUAUCUCAACCAUAAUGUUCAAGUUCAAAACAUUUUCUACAAAUGCACUACUUAUGUACCUGGCAACAAGUGACUUGAAAGAUUUCAUGAGUGUUGAGCUGAGUGAUGGACGUAUAAAAGUUAGCUAUGAUCUGGGAUCAGGUACAGCCUUUACAGUUAGCAACAAGAACCAUAAUGAUGGGAAAUGGAAAUUCUUCACGCUCUCCAGAAUACAGAAACAAGCCAAUAUCUCAAUAGUGGACUUGGAUAGCAACGAAGAGGACAGAAUAAGUACUACAUCUACCGGAAGUAACUUUGGUCUUAAUCUUAGGUCAGACGAGAAAAUAUAUUUUGGAGGCCUGCCGAUACUAAGCAAUUUAAGGCCAGAAGUUAGUUUGAAGAAAUAUGCAGGGUGUCUAAAAGAUAUAGAAGUUUCCAGAACACCCUACAAUUUAUUAAGCAGUGCCGACUAUAUAGGUUUAACCAAAGGAUGUUCGCUUGAGAAAGUAUAUUUGGUUAGUUUUGCAAAGCCUGGGUAUGUGGAGAUGCCACCAGUAUCUCUGCCAGUUGGUACAGAAAUUACACUCUCAUUCAGCACAAAAAAUGAAUCUGGGAUGAUCCUUUUUGGCAAAGGAGGAAAUUCAAGAAGAAAACGUAGGCAAAGUGGUCAGGUUUAUUACGCAGUUGUUUUAAAAAAAGGAAGACUUGAAGUUUCCAUUCCUGGACCAAAAGAAAUACAUCGCAUCACCAUCAGACCUGAAAAAGGAGAAUUCCAUGAUGGCAAGGAACACUCCAUACGGCUAGAAAGAGCAAGAAACGCAUUCACUGUUCAAGUUGAUGAGGAUAAAACCCAGACACUGAGAUUGCCUGCUAGCCAGUCCAUUAAUGGGACAAAGCUCUAUGUAGGUGGGAUCCCGGCUGAAGCACAGUUUGCCUUGUUCAGGAACAUACCGCCUUUUGAGGGAUGCAUAUGGAACCUUCUUAUCAAUUCUAUACCAAUGGACUUUUCUCAGACUGUAUCGUUUGAGAAUGCUGAUAUUGGACAGUGCCCCACUCUCGUGUCAGACAGAAUUCAACCAGAUGAAGAUGGUGAUAGUGACAGAAAUGCUACACAAUCAUUGGUCUUGCCAGAACCUGGACAUGGUAUCACAGUAACCACAACCGCAUCACCUAUUCCACCUCCCAUUCCACCUACUGAGCCUGACGCCACAGAAGUGAAGAAUGCCAACAUUACUGAUCACCUUGAUGCCACAACGGGUGUCUGUGCAUCUGAUACAAAACCAGCUACAUUAAAAGGUGGACGGCAGUUUGGUCUGUCAAAGAACAGUCAUAUGGCAUUUGCCUUUGAUGAUACCAAAGUAAAGAACACUCUUUCAAUUGAAUUUGAACUCCGUACAGAGGCAAUGUCUGGCCUAAUUGUAUACAUGGCUCGAAUAAACCAUGCUGAUUUUGCAACCAUUCAAAUAAAAGAGGGGAUGGUUCACUUUAGAUAUGACCUUGGAAGUGGAGACACAAGUACAAUGAUCCCUCUUAAAAUUAACGAUGGGCAAUGGCACAAGAUAAAUAUAUUCAGGACGAAACAGAAAGGAUUCCUGUAUGUUGAUAGCUUUUCAAACAGCACUAAUAGUCCAAAGAAAGCAGACAUCCUGGACGUGGUCGGAAUGCUGUAUGUUGGAGGACUGCCUAUUAAUUACACCACCAAGAGAAUAGGACCGGUUUUACACAGUAUUGAUGGUUGCAUCCGCAAUUUUAGAAUGUUGGAAGGCACUACUGAUCUGGAGAACCCAACUUCUAGUUAUAAUGUUGGCUCAUGCUUUGCCAAUCCACAAAAAGGCACCUAUUUUGAUGGAUCUGGGUUUGCAAAGACAGUUGGAGCAUAUAAAGUUGGCACAGAUCUAUCAAUAGAACUGGAAUUCCGCACAACGCGAAGCAAUGGUGUUCUGAUUGGAAUCAGUAGCCAAAAGAUGGACGGGCUGGGCAUUGAACUGGCUGAUGGAAAACUACUCUUCCAUGUAGAUAAUGGAGCUGGUCUUUUCACUGCUACUUAUGAGCCAGAGGCUCGCGGCAGCUUGUGUGAUGGACGUUGGCAUAAAGUAGCGGCAAAUAAAAUUAAACACCGUCUAGAGAUGGUUGUGGAUGGCAACAAAGUUGAAUCGACAAGCUCAAAUUCUGCGUCCACAUCUGCAGAUACUAAUGAUCCGGUUUACGUGGGAGGCUAUCCUGAGGGACUCAAGCAGUUUGGCCUGACCACAAAUGUAAGCUUUAAAGGUUGUAUUAAAGACCUUAAACUCGCCAAAGGAUCAUCCAAACCUCUGGAAAUCAAUUUCAGCAAAGCCCUAGAGAUAAAAGGAGUGCAGCCACUAACGUGUCCAGAAAACUGACAUGUUUGUCAGUAACUCAGUCAAUUGUAUUUUUAACAUAUUUUGACAGGCACACACAGUAACUCUUUACUGCGCAAACAUACAAAUUUACAUUAAAAAAUAAGACGUUGCUAUAUCCUAUGUGUUAUUGUCAUAUAGUUCCACACAAUAAUGUUUUCUCUAUAUGUUAAAUAAAAUAAGCAAUUAUGCAAA